AUGGCUUGUGUUGCUUUAGCUUCUCUCAUUAAAACCAUUGAGAUUGAGUUUGUCGUUGGGCAAACAGAAAGGGUAAGCCUGUAUCUCCAUGAUCAUGAUCGAGCAGGAAUCAAGUCUUUCCUUGAAAAACUUUAUGCUUUGCAAGCCCUUCUCCAGAAGGAAUCCAGUGGUGAUGGUGAUGGUUAUGCAGUGAAAGUGAGAGAUUUAGAAAUGGAAAUCAGAGACUUUGCACUCAAAGCUGAAGAUGAUAUUGAACUACACCUUAGCAACUUCAUCCUUCUCGGAGGAGAAAAAGCUGCAGCUUCCCAUCAACUCCUCCAUCAAACUUUGCAAGAAGCUACAAAAUAUGCAACAGAGCUGUUGGAGAAGCCAUCAAAAAUGGGUGGUGCUAGUGUUGCUUUAACUAUUCUCAUAAAAAAAUAUGAGCAUUUCUUUUUGCAACACUUCCCAACGGUGAAUCAUCCUGGAACAGCAAUGACAAUGGCAUCUUUCUUAGGAAAGCUUUCUACCCUGCAAGCAGGGUGCUUAUUGCUGGAGAGGAAUUCCGAUAGUUCUGAUGCUGCAAUCAAAAUAUUGGAAACGAAAAUCACAAACUUCUCACUCAAAACUGAAGAUGACCUCCAAAUACAACAAAAAAACUUCCUUCUAGCCAAACACACCGUACAUCAACAAAAAGCUUCUCAGAAACUCCAUCACACCUUGCAAGAAGCAGCAGAAAGCGUAGAAGAGUUGUUGAACAUAAUCAAAAGUAGAAGCAGCAAUGAAGUUGAUGAUGAUGAUGAGGCAAAUCAAACUCAACCAUCAAAUACUUGGUUAAAACAUGCUAGCGCUGCGAAUGUUGAAUCUGAUGGAUCCACCUCGCAUGCCUUUCUAAAGCCUGAGGCCAGAAUGGUUGGUCGUCACCGUGAUUGUACACUCAUAAAGAAGCAACUCUUUUCUGGCGGUUCUGGACUAAAUAUAAUCUCAAUUGUUGGAAUGAUGGGUAUUGGAAAGACGACUGUAGCAAGAAAUGUGUAUGAAGAUCCAUCAGUUGCAUCCUAUUUUGAUGUAAGAGGUUGGGUUACUAUACCCCAACACUUCAAUAAGAGCAGAAUGCUAAGCCAACUUCUUCAGUCAAUUACACCAGUAGAAGAGCCAAUUGUAAUUCAAAAAGGAAGCACUCCUCUUGAACUAGAAAUGCAGGUACGCAAAUGCUUUGGUGGUAAGAAGUAUCUAAUUGUUAUAGACAACAUUACAAGCAAGAAAACUUGGAACCAAGCUUUGUCUGACAUCAUAAGGUGUGUUAGUAACGGAUUAAAUGGAAAUUACAUGUUACUAAGCACUAGACACUUAGACCUAAAAGCCCAUACCCAUAAGAUGACUUUGCUAGAUUCAAAAGAAAGCUGGGAACUAUUUUGUAAUAUCCUUUCUAUUGAUGAAGAGCACUUGGCCCCUAAAUUUGAAAAAAUUAGGAACCAUGUUGUGGAGAAAUGUGAUGGAUUACCCCAGUUAAUUGUUGAAGUUGCCAAGCGUUUAUCUAAAUGCAACAACAUACAACAAGGGUGGAAAAAGAUUGAAAAGGAAUUAGAGUCUUUGGGACUUCUAGAUCGCAAUGCACUCAAUGUUAGUUACAAUAUGUUGCCACAUCAUUUGAAAGUUUGCUUUCUAUACUUUGGAGUCUUCCCAAAACGUAAAAAAAUUCUGGUUAAAAUGCUUAUAAGGUUGUGGAUUGCCGAGGGAUUUGUGAAGCCAUUGAAACAUAAGGAGUUAGAAGAUGAAGCUUAUGAGUACUUACAAGAGCUUACUGAUAGAAGUCUUCUCUUAAUUGAAGAUCGAAGUUGUAACGGCGAAAUAAAAACUUGUAGAAUGCACAGUGCCUUACAUACCUUCUGCGUAGGAGAAUCUCAAAAAGGAGGUAUUUUAUGUGCAGUAAAUACUCAGCAACAUUCAGGAUUAUCAUUAAAAGCAUUUACAAAUUCCUGUCGUUGGCUAAGUUCUUACUCACACAGUUUUGACUAUUAUUAUGUGCUCUUUGGUACAAACAUCCCUCGCUCCAUUUUCUUCUUUCUUGAAAAUCUUGAAAUGUUUGUUCCUCCCAAGCUGUUAAGAGUUUUGGUGUUUGAUACUUCUAUAUCACUUCAAAGAGUGCCAAUGCAAUUAGGAGGUUUAGUUUUAUUGAGAUACCUAUCCAUAACACAAUGGUUUGAGGAUCUGGAUGAUGUGGUGUCAAAUAAUCCAAAUUUAGAGACACUUGUUGUUUCCGGUAAUGGAGCACCAACAGUCCAUUUGCCAUCAAGUAUUUGGAAGCCACCAAACUUAAGGCAUCUUGAACUUGGCAAUUCAUAUAUGACAAAAGGUGUACAGCAAGUUCCCUAA